CAACCAUCUAACAAAACACAUGCAAACAAAAAUGGAAUCCUCUACGGUGGUUCUGUAUCCUGAUCCAACAAUCGGCCACCUAGUUUCCAUGGUGGAGCUUGGAAAACUCAUCCACACACACCACCCUUCACUCUCUAUCAUCAUCCUCAUUAUUCCAACACCAGACAGCACCACCAGUAAAUACAUCAACACCGUCUCUACCACCACCCCUUCCAUCACGUUCCACCACCUCCCCACCAACGUUGUUCCACCUGACUUCUCAUCUAACCACUUAGACCGUGCUUUCGGGGUCCCGGAGCUUUACAACCCAUUUGUCCACCAUACCCUUAUAACCAUCUCGGAGAAAUCCACCAUCAAAGGUGUCAUCCUUGAUUUCUUUACUAAUGCCGCUUUUCAAGUUUUUAAAAACCUUCAUCUACCCACUUACUACUUCCAUACUGGUGGUGCUUCUUUACUCUCUGUGUUUUUAAACAUACCCGCUAUCCAAACUAUUAAUGAUUCCAAUGCUUACUUUGAUGUUCCUGGAGUCCCUCCUAUCCAUGCUUCUGAUCUGCCACAGAUUAUAUUACUAGAAAGAAACAUGUCUACCAAACACUUUUUAAACACUUCUAUCAACAUGGCAAACUCUUCUGGCAUCAUUUUGAACACCUUCCUUGGGUUUGAAGAAAGAGCUGAAGACACCCUUCGGGAUGGUAAAUGCAUCCAGAACGGGGUAACUCCGCCUGUUUAUCUAGUUGGGCCUUUGAUUGCUCAAGCGGAUCCUACCGAAAACGAAUGUUUAAAAUGGCUAGACUCUCAGCCGAGUAAAAGUGUAGUAUUUUUAUGCUUUGGGAGUAUGGGUGUGUUGAGCAAAAAACAGUUGAGGGAGAUAGCUAUCGGGUUAGAGAAAAGUGGGCAGAGAUUUUUAUGGGUGGUGCGUGAUCCGCCACUAGACGGGUCGGAUCUUAAGGAUUUUUAUCCUGAAGGGUUUUUAACCAGGACGAGAGAUAAAGGGCUGGUGGUGAAAAACUGGGCACCUCAACAAGCGAUACUUAGUCAUGGUUCGGUUGGCGGGUUUGUGAGUCAUUGUGGGUGGAACUCGAUCUUGGAGUCGGUGGUGGCUGGGGUGCCAAUGGUGGCAUGGCCAUUGUAUGCGGAGCAGAAGCUGAAUAGGGUGUAUUUGGUUAAAGAAUUGAAGGUGGCGGUUGAAGUGAAAAUGUCAGCAGAUGAUUUUGUGACAGCGGAGGCCGUUGAGGAAAAGGUGAGGGAGUUGAUGGUAGGCGAGGAAGGGGAAAUGGUGAGAGAACGGGCUUUAGAGAUGAGUCGAAGGGCGAAGGCUGCUGUGGACGAAGGUGGUUGCUCUCGUGUUGAGUUGUUUAAACUGACCCAACCAUGGGUCGCGCAGUGAACCUUGAUCAUGAGAUGAGAUGAGAUGUGGUCCCCCAUUUCAGCUUUCACCAUCAGUUAUGACUUAUGUUUUAAGUAUCCCUAUCAAUCAAAUGAAUUAUGGAAAAUUUUACAACUUUUCAAUAUAUAAUAAAUUAAUUGAAGUAUCCCUAUAAA